AGUGCAUCAGAGUCAGUAAUUCAUUUGCAGUGAGACGUAAUGUAUGGAUACAAGUGACUUCCAGCCCUUUUUUUUUGUCCAUCAAAAUUAAAGGAGCUACUUUUUUUUAGGAAACCAUUUGAAGAGGAACGAAUGGAUUCUACAGAGAACACAGUGAUUAAUACAACUUUUACAUAUAUUGAUAUUGAUACGCUUCCGGACCAGCUGUGUUACAAGAACGGCGUGGCAAACUUUGGAUCCAUCGUUAUCCCGUUAUUCUUCAGCAUCGUGGUGUUGCUCAGUCUCAUUGGUAACAUCUUGGUUCUUGUGACUCUUGCAUACUAUGAGAACCUCAAAUCGUUGACCAACAUCUUCAUACUCAACCUGGCUGUGUCGGACCUGCUCUUCACAGCCGGACUGCCGUUCUGGGCUUGUUAUUACAUCUGGGGUUGGACGCUCGGAGAUGUGGCGUGCAAAACCGUCAGCUUCGUCUUCUUUGUGGGAUUUUACAGCAGCAUCACGUUCCUGAUGAUGAUGACCAUUCAGCGCUACAUGGCUGUGGUGCAUCCUCUCUCAGACUGGGAGAAAAGACAGGGUAUGGCACUAAUCCCCGUCCUCGGUUGGCUGGUGGGUAUCAGUGCAGCGGUGCCAGCCCCAAUCUUCAGCUCAGUAAUGUCUGAUCCAGCAGAUGUUUCCCAACUCUAUUGUGAGUACAAUUCCACUACGAUGGAGCUUUCGCUGAUAUAUCUACAGAACGUGGUUUUUGUUUUAGCCUUUUCUGUCAUGGGUUUUUGCUACACAAGAAUCCUGCAGACCAUCGUCAAUACACGAGCGAGGAAGAAACACCGUACAAUCAAACUCAUCUUCUGCAUCGUAGUCGUGUUCUUUUUUGGUUGGGCUCCUUAUAACCUGGUAAUUUUUUUACAAACGUUUACCGCCCUUAAUGUGGAGUAUUUCACAGACUGUGAUGUCACGCAUUAUCUUGACUACGCCGAACACGUCAGUAAACUGCUGGCGUUUUCUCACUGCUGUCUUAAUCCCGUGUUUUAUGUUUUUGUUGCUGUGAAAUUCAGAAAUUAUCUAAAGGAGAUUCUGCAGAAGAUUUUUCAAAGGGCAACGACCACGAAGACGCCUCAGACACGAACUAACGCUCAGUCCCUGGGCUCCUUGUACUGAUAAUGUAAAGACUACUGAAGAAGUUACUGAGCUUUCUGAUUCAGUAUAAAUGUGUGUAAAUUGUUUUUUUUAACUGAACUCUUUUGUUUUGUACAAUUUUCAUAUAGAAUCUAUGUACAGAUUUAUAGGAUUUUACUUUCAAUCUUGAUGAUUGAAAGUAAAAUAAAUAGACUGACAGAAAUAAAAAAAAAAAUAUUAUUGUAA